AAAGCUGCAGAUAUCAAAAAGAAGAAAGAAAGAAAGAAAGAAAGAAAGAAAGAAAAUAAAUUUGACAAUUUAGAAGAAAGAAAAGAAAAAACUAGGAAUAGAGGGGAAGAAAGAAAGAAAGAAAGAAAGAAAGAAAGAAAUAAAAACUACAGCUAG